AUGGCAUAUCGCUGCAGAACAAUUUCAAAACCGGCGAUCAACUUUCUCAAGUCAGCCAUCGCCAAGCCGGCGAGCAGGCCCGUCUUUUCCGUUCAACCAACCCGAUCAUCCCCGUCACUUUUCUCAAGGCCAUUGCCUCAGAUGGGUGCCCUAAUGUCUCUUUUACCCCUCCACACAGUGGUCUCGUCUGCAAGGCUCACGUCUUGUCUGGGCACAGACACCAAUAGCUGCAGGUCUUUGUCUCAGGAAUUAGGUCAAUCCGUGCCGCGGUAA